AUGUCAGCUAGUGGAUACAGCGAGCUUGAGCCCAGUGGUAUGCCUGAGGAGGCUAUUUUCCGGUCAGCAGAUAUGACGUACGUGGAAUUGUACAUUCCCAGCGAAGUUUCGCGAGAGAUUGUGUGUAUACUGGGGAAUCUUGGGGCGAUUAUGUUAAAAGACAUGAAUAGUGGGGUUAGUGCGUUUCAGAGGAGCCAUGUGGAUCAGAUUCGGAGGUACGAUGAGGUAGAUCGGUUGGUACAAUAUCUAGUUAGUGUUUCGAACCGUCAUGCGGAUGCGACGUGGAAAUACACGUAUCAUCCUGUGAAUGGAGACGAUCUGUUGGGGGCGAAUCUGGAGACGUCUACGAAGAACAUUUUGAGGAGUUUGGACCGGCUGACGAUCGAAUCUGUGGAUGAUAUGUGUGAUGAGAUAGCGCAGUUUGAGACUAGGGUGAGACAGCUUGAUGAAUCUUUAAUAAAUUUGAAACAGAGGCUGAAUAGGUUGAUAGAGGAGAGACACGUCGUGUUCGAGACCGGGAGGUUCCUCGAGGUUAAUCCAGGCAUUGGCGGUCGGGUUCGUCCUUCGGUGGACCAAGAAGCUAGUCAGUUGUUGGAUCAAGUGAGUGAUUUUUCGUUUGAGUUGGACGAUCCAGAGGAUUCGGGCAGAAAUAGCAGCGUUGAAAUAGCGUACCAUAACAAGUUUAUGCUAACGGGCUCUAUAAACAGGUCCAAGGUAGCGACGCUCAACAAAAUAUUGUGGAGAAUCCUUAGAGGUAACCUCUUUUUCCACAACAUCCCUAUUGAAGAGCCUCUCUUGGAGGGCGAUGAUAUGGUGGAGAAAGACUGCUUCAUCAUCUUUACCCAUGGUGAGGUCUUGUUGAACAAGGUUAGGAAAGUCGUUGAGUCCUUGAACGGUCAUAUUUUCCCCAUAGAAACAGAACAUAGGGCCAUCCAAAAUUUGAACGAUAAGAUCAGUGAUCUUGAACAGAUUUGUAACACUACAGAACAAACUUUGCACACUGAGCUUUUGAUCGUCAAUGACCAAUUGCCCACAUGGAACGUCAUGGUCAAGAGAGAAAAGUAUCUAUACGCUACUUUGAAUCUCUUCAGACAAGAAUCUCAAGCCGUUGUAGCAGAAGGGUGGGUUCCAACCUCAGAACUAGAUGCCGUACGGAACGCCCUCAAAGAUUUCGGUGAAGUGUCUGCAUCGGCUAGUACAGCAGUGCUAAACGUAAUAUCGACCAAUAAGAGUCCGCCAACGUACCAUAGAACUAACAAGUUCACAGAAGCAUUCCAAAACAUCGUGGACGCGUAUGGUGUGGCCACAUAUAAAGAAGUUAAUCCCGGUUUGGCAACAAUUGUCACUUUCCCAUUCAUGUUUGCUAUCAUGUUUGGUGAUUUAGGGCAUGGAUUUAUAUUGAUGCUAUGUGGGUUAAUAUUGGUUUUACGGGAAAAAAAGAUAAGCCAAAUGAAACGUGGCGAAAUAUUCGAUAUGGCAUUCUCAGGGAGAUACGUCAUACUUUUAAUGGGUUUAUUCUCCAUUUAUACCGGUCUCUUGUAUAACGAUGUCUUUUCAUUGUCAAUGACGUUGUUUAAAUCUGGUUGGAAAUGGCCAAGUGAUUUCAAAGAAGGAGACUUGAUCGAAGCAAAGCAAGUCGGUGUGUACAAGUUCGGGUUGGACUAUGCAUGGCAUGGAACAGAUAAUGCCUUACUUUUCUCUAAUUCUUACAAGAUGAAACUUUCUGUGUUGAUGGGUUUCAUUCAUAUGACCUAUUCAUUCAUGUUUUCACUUGUCAAUUAUAGAUACAAAAACUCUAGGAUAGAUAUCAUCGGUAACUUCAUUCCAGGCUUAAUAUUCAUGCAAUCCAUAUUCGGGUAUUUGUCAUGGGCUAUUGUAUACAAGUGGUCCAAGGACUGGAUUAAGGAUGGGAAACCUGCACCGGGACUUUUGAACAUGUUGAUUAACAUGUUCCUUUCUCCUGGUGUAGUAGAAGAACAGUUAUAUCGUGGACAAAGUUUCUUGCAAGUGAUUCUUCUACUUGCCGCAUUGGUGUGUGUACCAGCGUUACUCUUUUAUAAACCACUAAUGUUGAAAAGACAGAAUCAAGAAGCUAUCAGCAAGGGAUAUUCAGACAUUCAUGACCAAGAGAUCCAUGAAAGACUACAGGAAGCUCAGGAGAGCUCUGAGGAUAAUAUGAUUGUUGCAGACUAUAGUAAAGAGGGUGAACAUUCGUCAUUCAAUUUCGGUGAUAUCAUGAUUCAUCAAAUUAUUCAUACCAUCGAAUUCUGCUUGAACUGUAUUUCUCAUACUGCUUCGUACUUGAGACUUUGGGCGUUGUCUUUGGCACAUGCUCAAUUGUCGACAGUUUUAUGGACUAUGACGAUUGCUAACUCGUUUAGUUCCAAGGACUCGGGAUCUCCGUUAGCUGUAGCUAAGGUUGUAUUCUUAUUCGGUAUGUGGUUUGUCUUGACUGUCGCAAUCUUGGUCCUCAUGGAAGGGACAUCUGCAAUGUUACAUUCACUACGUUUGCAUUGGGUUGAAGCUAUGUCGAAGUUUUUCGAGGGAGAAGGGUAUGCAUUUGAACCAUUCUCCUUUGAUGUUGUUGAGAAACAGAUCGAAAGCGAUGAGUGA